AUGGUGAAGACUCCAAGGGGAACUUCAGAUGAGUAUAUAACGGUGUUCGAUGAUACUCCCGUAAGUAUUGUCUUGUGGCAUGAUAACCAGGUUGUGACACUUGGAUCAACUCUCUGUGGUGCUCUUCCAAUGGACAAAAUUAGAAGAUAUGACAGGAAAAACAAAACAUUCCAUGAAAUUCCCUGUCCAAAAAUUGUAAAAGUUUACAAUAAACAUAUGGGGGGAGUCGACCUGAUGGAUGCACACAUUGGGAGACACCAUAUAUCCAUGAAAAGCAAGAAGUGGUACUUUCGGCUCUUUUACCACUUAGUUGACAUGGCUGUGGUUAAUUCGUGGAUCCUCUUCUCUGCCAAGCAGAAUGGCAAGAAAAUGAGUCAAAAAGAAUUCAGAACUGAGUUGGCAGUGACACUUUGCAAUUUAGGCCUGAAAGAAACUUCAAAAAGAGGCAGACCAUCAGCAUCAAAGGAUGAGCAAGAGGUGACAAAGAGAAUGAAAGCAUCUGCAGCCACGAAACCUCCUCUGCCUGUGAUCAGAGACUGA